AUGUCACUGAAAUUUCAUGCAUUUAACAUAAUGCACAGAGGUUUCAAGAAAGAGGAUGCUGAGAAAUUGAUCACAGAAGAAAUGAAGAAACAUGUUCAAAAGGACAGGAAGUCCAGCAGCACAAGACUUCUCAGUUUUUUGGCUUUGAUAAACUCAUAUGUCCCAGGUUCACACCUGUCGAAGCUUUUCUGUGAGGAAUUCAUGGAUCAGACUGAGCAGCCGACCGAUGAGGGAAACCCCACACUGGAAACUAUAAUGAAGCCGUUCAUGGAUCUCAUAGUCAUUUCCUCAGAAGGAGAUCAGAAAGCCAACUACAUACGCUUGGCACAUCCAAUGAUUGCUCAUACCUGUCUAAAAAUGCUCAAUGAGCACAAAGUGACAAGAUUUGACAUCGCUCAGGACUUCUUGAACAGCUUGGUAAAUGGAAAGGAGAGUAAUUCUGGACAAAUUUGCAAGAGCAUGUUGGUCACAAGACUUGAGCGUCUCGUGAAAAAGGAAACAUUUUCUAAAUUAAUCCUUGACAUCAUGGUUGAAAGUGAAAAUACUGUUAAACAAAGUAUUUGUUUGUUGAAGUUGGCUUCAGAUUUGUUCUCCGAAGACCCUUUUUAUCCUCAAACACUUGCACGUUUGUAUUACAUUGAGGUUAAAGAGGACGACAAAUAUGAGGAGGCAAGAAAAUGGGCAGAAGAGGCCAUUGAUCGAGAAAAAAAAAAUUCACAUAUCAGGGAUACUUUGGGACAAGUUCACAAAAACCACCUGCUGCAUGAAACUGAAAAGCCAUCCUCAGACAUUAACGUACGUUUGGCCAUUGCACGAUCUGACAUUAAAGCAUUUAAAGAAGAAGAGGAAGCUGCUGAAGACGAGGCAGAAGACAACACUAAAUUCAAUAACAGGGGUCUCUUUGGGUUCCUCCAGGUUUGCAAGAUCAUACAUCCAAAAAUGCGUCUUGAACACACUGAACAGGAAUACAGUAAGUUCAUCAGUAGUCUCAAAGGUGAUGUUGAGACAAAAUGUGAUUUCUUUGAAUGGUACCUGGCAUUCUCAAGACAAAGCUUUGAAAAAGAGGACCCAGACUACAUUCAAAAAGAGGUUGAAGAGUGCUACAUGUACUAUUUUAAAUUGGACAAGCAGGCUGGUAAAAUCCUGGAUAAGAAAAAAAAUAAGUAUUCUGGAGAACUACUUCAUAUCCUGAAAUCAGACAUCAGUGUGUUUGACCAAUAUAAAAGCAAAAUUGAAAAGCCACAGCCCGACAGUGAAAGCCAAACUGUUCUCUACAUUCUUGCCAACAUCAUCUGUAGUGAUUCUGGUGAGCAGUUUGAAAAAAUCAAAGAGUUUCAGGCCAGGUUACAGAAACUUUGGCUGAGAGAAAUGCAAGACAGAAGACCAGAGUUUUAUCUCCUGAUUCUUUUGCUCUUUUGGCCUGAUGAUGUGCAGCCAGCAAUCACAAAUCCUCCCAACCUUGAAAAGUGUCUCAGAAAAAUGCGUCAUUCAUACAAGAGCAAGUAUCAGAAAUACCUUCGUGGUCGCUACCUGCUGCCUCUGUUCUUCUUGGCAAAACGAAAAGGUUUGCAGAGACUGAUUUAUACAUUGAAAUUAAGUCAAACUGAUCUGGAGCGCCUCACGGAAGGGGAUGGAAGUGAAGAAAUCAAAGAUCUUCAGCGUAUCAAUGGUCAGGUCAGAGAUCAUAAAGUGUUUGCCAUUACAGGAGAGAAACAGAUUCAGGUCACCCCUCACGAUCGGGCCAGUGUGUGCAAACAAGGCCAGGUGUCUUUCUACCUUGGCUUCAAUAUCAGAGGACCUGUUGCCUACAACAUCAGAUAUAAGGACACUUUUGAAGAUUAUUAUGUGAAGAAGGCCAACGAGAGAAUAAAACAAACAAAAAAACCCCCUAAAUGAUCUUCUUCUUCUUUGCUUUUGAUUAAUUUAAUUCCCUAAAAUGUGUUAUCCCUUAGAAUAAAUUGUGUAUGGUGAAUUAGAACCAUCAGGUAAAAUUAUUUUUGAUAUUGAUGUAACUUAAGCUUUAUUUCCCAGCAUGCUUUGGAUAUGAUUGCAUAGGAUUUUAAGGGGGAGAGAAACCUGUGUUUUUGUCUUUUUAUUGUACCAUGUGUAUUUGUAUAUGCAUAUUUAAUUUUACAUA